UUUCACUUGGAAAAAGUUACCACCUGUGGAAAUUAAGAUUGGUCCAAUGUUUUGAGACGAAUCUUAAUUACGGUAAGUGUGUUAACAAACAGGCCACCGACAUUCGACAGUUGCGACCAACCCAGUUUACUAACAUGCGCAUCAUCAAUCUCUACUAUACCAGCUAACUUCAUUCCAUUUCUUCUUCACAUUCUCAAUUUCUUCACUCUACAAACCCCAAAUCCUCUUUCAAUUUCUAGGGUUUUCUCACGGUGGUUCAAUUCAAUUCAAUCUAAUCCACCACCGACUGUGAUGUAAUGAGGCGGCGCCCUGUGGCGGGCAUCCUCCCAGAUCAAAUGGAGAAAUCAACAACCAAAACCCAAACCUCCCGAAUCUGCUUCCUCGCUGUACUCACCGCUUUCUUCUGGCUCUUACUCCUUUACUUCCAUUUCAUCGUCCUCCCCCAACAAGAUCAACACCAAUCCACCUUAACCACCACCGUAAACCACCAAGUAAUCCCCCUCAACCUCCAACCACCUCCAUAUUCACCACCGCCACCAUCACCACCACCGCCACCAUCAUUACCCAAAUUCAAGACUCCUCCAAGGAAGAACUUUGGCUUUCCUGAUAAGUCAUCACUACAAGCCCCUCCCAAAAGCAAAUUCCCCUUUACAAAAGCACUUGCAACUUCCAACAAUAAAACCGAUCCAUGUGGAGGUAGAUACAUCUACGUCCACGAUCUUCCUUCCAGGUUCAACCAAGACAUGUUACGAGACUGCAAGACAUUGUCUCUCUGGACCAACAUGUGCAAGUUCACUACCAAUGCAGGUCUUGGUCCGCCUCUCGAAAACAUCGACGGAGUCUUCUCCGAUAAAGGAUGGUACGCUACUAACCAAUUCGCUGUUGAUGUGAUUUUUGCAAACAGAAUGAAACAGUAUGAAUGCUUGACUAAAGACUCUUCCAUUGCUGCUGCUGUAUUUGUGCCGUUUUAUGCUGGCUUUGACAUUGCGCGUUAUCUUUGGGGUUAUAAUAUUUCUAUGAGAGACGCUGCUUCGCUUGAUCUCGUGGAUUGGUUGACGAAGCGGCCGGAGUGGGGGAUCAUGAAUGGGAGAGAUCAUUUUCUUGUUGCGGGGAGGAUAACUUGGGAUUUUAGGAGAUUGUCUGAGGAGGAAACGGAUUGGGGGAACAAGCUUUUGUUUUUACCGGCUGCUAAGAAUAUGUCUAUGCUUGUUGUUGAAUCUAGUCCUUGGAAUGCCAAUGAUUUUGGGAUUCCUUAUCCUACUUAUUUCCAUCCUGCGAAAGAUGAGGAUGUGUUUCUUUGGCAGGAGAGGAUGAGGAAGUUGGAGAGGAAAUGGCUUUUUUCUUUUGCAGGUGCGCCGCGUCCGGAUAACGCAAAGUCGAUUAGGGGUCAGAUAAUUGAGCAAUGUAGGAGUUCUAAAGUUGGGAAGCUUUUGGAGUGUGAUUUUGGGGAAAGUAAAUGUCAUUCUCCUAGCUCCAUAAUGCAGAUGUUUCAGGGAUCACUUUUUUGUCUUCAACCUCAAGGUGAUUCUUAUACAAGAAGAUCUGCUUUUGAUUCAAUGCUUGCUGGUUGUAUACCUGUGUUUUUCCAUCCGGGUUCGGCGUAUACGCAAUAUACCUGGCAUCUACCUAAGGAUUAUACUAAGUAUUCUGUAUUUAUUCCUGAGGAUGAUAUUCGAAAGAGGAAGGUUACUAUAGAGCAGAGGCUUAGUCAGAUACCGGUGGAGCAAGUGAGGAUCAUGAGAGAGGAGGUGAUUAGUCUGAUUCCUAGAUUAGUGUAUGCUGAUCCCCGAUCUAAGUUAGAGACUUUAAAAGAUGCUUUUGAUGUUUCUGUGCAAGCCAUGAUUGAUAAGGUUACCAAUUUGAGGAAGGAUAUUAUUGAAGGUCGCACUGACGAAAACUUCAUUGAGGAGAAUAGUUGGAAAUAUGCACUGUUGGAUGAGGGACAGCGGGAAGUAGGACCUCAUGAAUGGGAUCCUUUCUUCUCUAAACCUAAGGGUGGAAAUGGAGAAUCCACUGAUUCCUCUGCUGAAGCUGCGAAAAAUUCUUGGAAAAAUGAGCAAAGAACUCAAUAAUGAUUCGUCAUGGUGAGUUUCAGGGAAUUCACAUUUGUUGUGCAUUGGGAUAAUCUGUAUGCAACCACUAAUCCAAAUAUACUAUUAGUACGUAUUUGGAAUCAUGGUCAAAAAAGCUUCGGCCGCGCGUCCAAGUACAAGCUACUAUUUGUUGCUUCUUCAUUAUCAAGUCAAAUGAAGCUUUGGGAUGUGAGAAAGGGCAUACCAACAGAGCCAAACAAGCACUUAGUAAUGUAUAGCUAUGCUGAAUAUUUGCCAGGUUAUUAUUUUGUUCUGUCUAGUUGAUUUUAUAAAACAUUUCCUGCCUGCCGGUAAUCUUUCUUCUUUUUGGCUGUUGUCUUUCUGUCUUGUAAAAUGUUUUCUUCUAGGUAAGAAAACUUCUAAAAUUUCAUUAAUCAAUUGGUGUUUAAUCGUGGCAAUGUAAUACAAGAAAUGAUAGUGGUAGUGCAUAUGUAGAAAAUGAUUUUGGAAAAAGGUUAGCAAAUAGUGUGUACUACAAACAAAAUCUGUAGUAAUGGAUAAAAUGGAAAUGUUGUUAACCUCAAAUAGAAGAUAUAAUGAAGUGAAAUCUGAACAAAAAACACUAAUAUUCUGAUAGCAUUGCUUCGCUAAAUAUGAAUUAGUCGAUAUACUUUCUUCUAUUCACACAUUGAAGGGCAUGAUCUUGAAUGUGGAUUUUGAGUAUCUCUAUUGGGGGAGGAAAACAAGAUGUAUAUAGACUCAUAGAGUGGAUGUGCAUGUUUGAAUUAACGAUAAAAUUAAAAGAAUCACAUCGAAUUAGUGUAUUUUACUAUUUUUUACAAAAACUAAUAGAAUCACAUGUAGGGAUGACAACGGAUAGGGUCGGGUGCGGGUUUCACACUACUCGAAAUUACCACCCAAAUCCGAACUCAGACUAUUCGGGUGGUAAAAUAACACUCACGCCCACACCCGUUGGGUUAGGAUUUUUUCACUCAAACUCAAACUCGCAGCAAAAUACAUAAAAUACAUUUUUCCUACAACUCGCACUAUUCAAAUCCGCACUCGAAAUAUCGGGUGGCAUAUGAACCCAGUCAAAUCGGGUUUUCACCUAUUGACUCGUGUGCGGGUGGAUUCUGCGGAUUUGGGUUUGCCUCUAUCAACAUGGAAUUCCUGUAAUUUCGACAAAUUUAACUAUCAUGAUUUAUUCGAGAAUUCACUUCCAAUUCUAACUUACAUUAACCGUUGAACC